GUACAUACAAGAUUCACAUUGAGGACCUACUGGAGGCACUAUAAACAGGAAGGACUGUAAAGGAGGAGACCAAUCAUCAGUGGAGCUGCCUGCAAGUCAUACACUGAGCUGUAGGCAUUCAGAAAUAAUAAGUUUUGUGUCCUGAUUUUGAGAAACUGAGGUAAAUUCAAAGCAGAAGUCACGAAUUUCAAAAUACUGUCACAUAGGAAUCCUUUCAGCAUCAGAGAAGAGGACAUUGCACACAGCAGAUGAAAUCUCUGCAGAGGGAAUUCCAUCAAUGGAUAAAGGAUGAACAAUAUAUAGAGUGAAGACAGAAACUGAGACUGCAAACAAGAUGGAGGGGUGAUAUGGAAAAUUGUUUGUCCCAUAGGCACUAAGACAUGGUUGAUGAAGAGCAGAAUCCAUGUACGUGGAAGAAGUUUAUGGGGCUGAGAAAUGUUCAAGCACCCAGACUGGAAUCCACAGCAGGAGAAAAGGCCAUACCUGGGAUCCCACAAUUCUUUCGCACAGACUUCUGGGAAAUGUAGUCUGCGGCACUGUGACGUCACGGCGAGCCAUCCUAAAUUCCCUCCUGGCUUUCAGUCCACGUGUGUGCAACUUCCUCAAAGUUGGGCGAGAGUCCUGUCUGCUCUACAUUCCUGUUGCGUCUCAGACAUGGAGGAAAUGCUGUCCUUCUGGGAUGUGGCCAUUGAGUUCUCUGCAGAAGAGAGGGAAUGCCUGGAGCCUGCUCAGUGGAAUUUGUACAGGGAUGUGAUGUUGGAGAAUUACAGCAACCUUGUGUUCCUUGGACUUGCUGUGUCUAAGCCACACCUGGUGACACUUUUGGAGCAAAGACAAGACUCUUCAGAUGUGAAGAGACAAGCAGCAGCCAACGUGCAGCCAGGAACAACAUUCAAUGACUAUAAUGUUUACAGCAAGGGUAUUGACUGCAACUCAUUACAUAUUCAACGCCAAAGAACUCAUACAAGGGAAAAACCGUACCAGUGUAAAGAAUGUGGUAAGGGCCUUAGUUCUUAUAAAACACUUUCCAUACACCAGAGACUUCAUACUGGAGAAAAAUCCUACACAUGUAAGGAAUGUCAUAAGACCUUCAAUACUCACUCAUCACUUUUUAUACACCAGAAAAAUCAUACUGAUGAAAAAACACAUAAGUGUGAAGAAUGUGGCAAAUUGUUUUACUAUCCUUCACUGCUGAAGCAACAUCAAAGAAUUCAUUCUGGAGAGAAACCCUACAAGUGUGAAGAAUGUGGCAAAGCUUUUUAUGAACCUAAAUUGCUGAAUCAACAUCAAAGAAUUCAUUCUGGAGAGAAACCCUAUAAGUGUAAAGAAUGUGGCAAAGCUUUUUAUGUACCUAAAUUCCUGAAUCAACAUCAAAGAAUUCAUUCUGGAGAGAAACCCUAUAAGUGUGAAGAAUGUGGCAAAGCUUUUUGUUAUCCUUCAUUCCUGAAGCAUCAUCAAAACACUCAUUCUGGAAAGAAACCCUACAAGUGUGAAGAAUGUGGCAAAUCCUUUUACACUCCUUCACUGCUGAAGCAUCAUCAAAAAAUUCACUCUGGAGAGAAACCAUGCAAGUGUGAAGAGUGUGGCAGUUUUUUUUCUUCAUUUUCCUACCUUAGACAACAUCAAACAGUUCACUCCAAAGACAAUCCCUACAAGUGUGAGGAGUGUGGCAAAAGGUUUUCCCAUUCUGCAAUCCUUCAGAAACAUAGUAAAAUUCAUGGAGAGAGACGAUACAAGUGUGAAGAAUGUCACAAAACCUUUGUUUAUCACUCAGAUCUUAAGAGACACAAGGUAGUUCAUACUAGACAGAAACUCUACAAGUGUGAAGAAUGUGGCAAAUGUUUUUCCGCUGGUUCAUGCCUUAAGCGACAUCAAAUAAUUCACUGUGAAGACAACCCUUACAAGUGUGAAGAGUGUGGCAAAUGUUUUUACUCCAAUUUAUCCCUUAGAGGACAUCAAAUAAUCCAUUCUGAAGACAAUCCUUAUACCUGUGCACAUUGUGGCAAACGAUAUUCCUCUUCUAGGGAUCUUCAGGAACAUCAAACACUUCAUACUGGAGAGAAAUUGAACAAGUGUGAAGAAUGUGGUAAAGCCUUUCAUUUUCACUCAUCUCUUAGGAGACACAAGGCAAUUCAUGUUGCAGAGAAACCCUACAAGUGUGAAGAAUGUCACAAAGCCUUUCCUUAUCUCUCAUCCCUUAGGAGACACAAGAGAGUUCAUAGUGAAAAGAAAUCCUACAAGUGUGAAGAAUGUCACAAAGCCUUUAAUUAUCUCUCAUCCCUUAGUAAACACAAGACAGUUCAUACUGGAGAGAAACCCUACAAGUGUGACAAAUGUCAGAAAGCCUUUCUUUAUCCUUUAUCCCUUAGGAAACACAAGACAGUUCAUACUGGAGAGAGUCGACGUCACGGCGAGCCAUCCAGGAAAUUCCCUCCCGGACUUGAGUUCAACGGUGUGCAACUUUCCCAAAGUUGUGCGAGAGUCCGGCCUGCUGUACGUUCCUCUUGCGUCUCUGAUCUCAAGGAAAUGCUGUCCUUCUGGGAUGUGGCCAUUGAGUUCUCUGCAGAAGAGAGGGAAUGCCUGGAGCCUGCUCAGUGGAAUUUGUACAGGGAUGUGAUGUUGGAGAAUUACAGCAACCUUGUGUUCCUGGGUCUUGCUGUGUCUAAGCCACACCUGGUGACACUUCUGGAGCAAAGACAAGACUCUUCAGAUGUGAAGAGACAAGCAGCAGCCAACGUGCAGCCAGGAACAACACCCAAUGAUUAUAACAUUUACAAGAAGGCCAUUGAUUGUAAAUCACUGUAUAUUCCACACCAGAGAAUUCAUACAAGGGAGAAACCCUACAAGUGUGAAGAGUGUGGUAAGGGUCUUAGUUCUCAUAAAACACUUUCCAUACACAAGAGACUUCAUACUGGAGAAAAAUCCUACACAUGUAAAGAAUGUCAUAAGGCCUUCAAUACUCGUGCAUCACUUUUUAUACACCAGAAAAAUCAUACUGAUGAAAAAUCUUACAAGUGUGAAGAAUGUGGUAAAUCAUUUUACUAUCCUUCAAUGCUGAAGCAACAUCAAAGAAUUCAUUCUGGAGAGAAACCCUACAAGUGUGAAAAAUGUGGCAAAGCUUUUUAUGAUCCUUCAUUCCUGAAACAACAUCAAAGGAUUCAUUGUGGAGAGAAACCCUACAAGUGUGAAGAAUGUGGCAAAGCUUUUUAUGAAUCAUCAUUCCUUCAGGUACAUCAACGAAUUCAUACUGCAGAGAAACCCUACAGGUGUGAAGAGUGUGGCAAGUGCUUUUGUUCAUCUUCAUCUCUUAGAGGACAUCAAACAAUCCAUUCUGAAGACAAUCCCUACAAGUGUGAAGAGUGUGGCAAAAGGUUUUCUUACUUUGUACACCUCAAACAGCAUCAGACAGUUCACACUGGAGAGAAAUCUUACAAGUGUGAGGAGUGUGGUAAGUGCUUUUCCUUAUCUUCAUCCCUUAGACGACAUCAAAAAACAAUUCACUGUGAAGACAAUCCCUACAAGUGUGAAGAGUGUGGCAGAUGUUUUUACUCAUCUUUAUCCCUUAGAAGACAUCAAAUAAUCCAUUCUGAAGAUAAUCCUUAUACAUGUUUACAAUGUGGCAAACGGUUUUCCUAUUCUAGGAGUCUUCAAGAACAUCAAACAGUUCAUACUGGAGAGAAACUAUACAAAUGUGAGGAAUGUCACAAAGCUUUUCGUUACCACUCAGGCCUUAGGAAACACAAUAGAGUUCAUACUGGAGAGAAACUAUACAAGUGUGAAGAGUGUGAUGAUGUUUUUCCUCAUCUUCAUCCCUUAGAUGACAUAAAAAGGAAAAAAGAAAAUUCUGAAGAGAAUCUCUAAAAGUGUGGGUAAUGUGAUAAAGACUGCUAAUUUUUGUAUCCUUACUCAACAUAUGAUAUAGUUCAUACAGGAGAGAAAUCCUACAAACGUUCUUAAAUUUUUAUCUCUUCAACCCUUAAAACACAUUAAAUGAUUCAUUCUGACUGUAAA